AGAGCGACGGCUUGGUUUCAGAGCGGAAUCGGGCAGCCGAGGAGGGUCACGUCGGUCGGUGCUAUUUAGAUUUAGAAACACUGUCAAGCCGUGCAAGCGCGCGCCCUACGGAAGUAUCGCUUUACCAUACGUAACCAGCCUCGUUUCCGUCGUCUUUUUAAAGCAAUGCGUGUGUAAAAAUAAACAAUCACCGUGAGUUCACCUGCGUAACCGCGUGCCCUCGUUCGUUAUUUUUUUUUCUUUUGAGGAGAACCGUAAGGAAUCCCGUCUCGUGCGUCACCGUUUGUGUAACGCCUGAGCGCGUGGACUACAAUUAUCCGUCCUGUUCCACGUCUGAGGACCGCCGCGGUAACCUAACGGCACCACCAGGAUUUGCUACAUCAGCCUCGAAGAAAAAAAACCUCUCGUUACAUUUCUACACUUCAGAGGGAAACAGAAACUAUAAAACAGACCGGAGAAGAUGCCGCUCGCGCAGCUUGCAGAACCAUGGCCCAAAAUGGAGCUCGUGCAGUUGGAGACUGAGGUGAGACUCAUUAACCUGGCAAAGAACGGACAAAGCACAACUGAAGAUGGAGUCACUCCAGGGGUCAAGAAAGCGUGUGACAUCAUGUGGGUGGAGAAGGACUUUGCCAAUAGUAACAGGAAGGACGAUGAUGUCAUCAAAGAGAUCAACAUUACGCACGUGGUUAAAGAAGGGUCCGAGAAGGCAGACCCCUCUCAGUUCGAACUGCUCAAAGUGCUUGGACAGGGCUCCUUCGGAAAGGUGUUUCUGGUUCGGAAGGUGACGCCACCUGACAACAAUCAGCUCUAUGCCAUGAAAGUUCUUAAGAAGGCCACACUUAAAGUGCGAGAUCGAGUCCGGACUAAAAUGGAGAGAAACAUCCUGGCAGAUGUCAAUCACCCGUUUAUAGUCAAACUGCACUAUGCCUUUCAGACAGAGGGGAAGUUGUAUUUGAUUCUGGAUUUUCUGCGGGGAGGUGAUCUCUUCACCAGACUGUCAAAAGAGGUUAUGUUCACAGAAGAAGACGUGAAGUUCUAUUUGGCAGAACUGGCUCUGGGUCUGGAUCAUCUGCACGGCCUUGGCAUCAUCUACAGAGAUCUAAAACCUGAAAACAUCCUGUUAGAUGAAGAGGGCCAUAUCAAACUCACAGAUUUCGGCUUGUGUAAAGAGUCCAUAGACCAUGAGAAGAAGGCCUACUCCUUCUGUGGGACCGUGGAGUACAUGGCCCCCGAGGUGGUGAACAGGCAGGGACACAUCCACAGCGCUGACUGGUGGUCAUUCGGGGUACUAAUGUUUGAGAUGCUCACAGGAUCUCUACCGUUCCAAGGAAAGGACCGAAAGGAAACCAUGAACCUCAUCCUGAAGGCACGGUUAGGAAUGCCCCAGUUUCUAAGUGCAGAAGCUCAGAGUCUGCUGAGAGCACUGUUCAAGAGGAACCCAACCAACAGACUAGGCUCUGGUCCAGACGGUGCUGAGGAAAUCAAACGUCACUCCUUCUUUGCAACCAUUGACUGGAAUAAACUCUUUCGUCGGGAGAUCAAGCCUCCGUUUAAACCAGCUGUGGCUCGACCUGACGACACUUUCUACUUCGACUCGGAGUUCACCUCCCGCACCCCUAAAGACUCUCCCGGUGUUCCCCCGAGUGCCGGAGCUCAUCAGCUCUUCCGUGGCUUCAGUUUCAUAGCCACAGCACUGCUGGAGGAAGAAGGCACAGAGGAAUCAGCUCCUCCCCACCCUGUGGUCCAGCAGUUGCAUGGAAAGAACUCUGUGUUCAGCGAUGGCUACACGCUAAAGGAGGAUAUCGGCAUGGGGUCUUUCUCUGUGUGCAAGCGCUGCAUCCAUAAAGCCACCAAUACAGAAUACGCCGUCAAGGUCAUUGAUAAAACAAACACCGAUCCUUCAGAAGAGAUUGAGAUUCUGCUGCGGUACGGCCAACAUCCCAACAUCAUCACACUGAAAGAUGUGUAUGAUAACGGAAAGUUAGUUUUCCUGGUGACGGAGCUGAUGCGAGGCGGUGAGCUGCUUGAUCGAAUCCUCAAACAGAAGUUCUUCUCUGAGAGAGAAGCCAGCUCUGUUUUACACACCAUCACCAAGACUGUGGAGUAUCUGCACUCUCAGGGGGUAGUACACAGAGACCUGAAGCCCAGUAACAUCCUGUAUGUUGACGAAUCUGGAAAUCCGGAGUCACUGCGGAUCUGUGACUUUGGGUUCGCUAAACAACUCCGAGCAGACAACGGCCUCCUGAUGACUCCAUGCUACACGGCUAACUUUGUUGCUCCCGAGGUGCUGAAGAGGCAGGGUUAUGAUGAAGCGUGUGACAUUUGGAGUUUGGGAGUGUUGCUGUACACCAUGUUAGCAGGGUUCACUCCUUUUGCUAACGGUCCUGAGGACACACCAGAGGAGAUCCUGGGCAGGAUAGGAAGCGGACAUUUCACCCUGACCGGGGGCAACUGGGACGCGGUGUCAGACGCAGCCAAGGAUCUGGUGUCUAAGAUGCUUCAUGUGGACCCUCAUCAGAGACUAACAGCUAGGCAGGUCCUUAAACACCCAUGGAUUGUGCAGAGAGAUCAGCUACCCAACAGCCAGCUGCAGCACCAAGAUGCCAAACUGGUUAAGGGGGCAAUGGCUGCCACCUACUCGGCCCUGAAGAGUUCCCAGCCAACCCCUGAACUCAAACCCAUCGAGUCCUCAUUUCUCGCCCAAAGACGUGUGAAAAAGCUGCCCUCCACAUCUCUGUAGAUACUCAGAGAGCACACCAGAGAGAGGAGAGCACCACGGAAGGGAACAAAAGCAGUACUGUAUGAAAGCCACUCUGAGGACUAAAAUCGCUCUCUACACCUCACACGAGCCAUCAGCAGGCUCACGGAGCUUAGACAAGCUGUCAAUCAAAGCAGACAGUGGCUGUGAUUGGCAGAUGGAGAUUGGAGUGCUGGGAUUUCAGUGUUCCAUUAGUGUGUGUGUGUGUGUGUGUGUGUGUGUGUGUGUGGGAGAGUGCCAGUUAGAGUUACAGACUCUUAUUAGGAAGCAGUUGAUAUUGGUGGCCUGUUUGUGGUCCUGCUGUUCGGUUUCUUUCAUUUCUGUUUCUUUGUCUAUGCUGUGGGUUUUUUCCUGCUUCGCUUGCUUUGUUUAAUGUAAGUGGAUAAAUCAGUUUGAUCAUCACUCUGGAGUCUGGAACACAGAGAGACUACACAGACUGGGAAUGUUUGCAAGCUUUUGUCCUCCCAAGACAGCUCCUCUAGUGCUAUGGAUAUAAAAGCAUGAGAGUUGAGACUCUUACCAAGUGCAUUGUGGGUACAGGGGGUAGUUUUGCAUGGCUGCUGAUGUGUAAAAAAGACGUGUCGUUGCUUUGCCAUGCUGCACAUUGCUUUGUGACGUACAUUUGUACAGGGCUCUGGAUGUACCAGUGUGUUUUCUUGCUUUUUUUUAAAUUGUAUGAAAACAGAAUGAUGAUGACGAUGAUGAAGAUGAAUAAUUAAAUCUCUUAAGAUUGAACCUCUGUAGUGGCACGCUAAAGUCUUGUAUUUCUCAACGGAGUGAUUUUGUCUGGAUAUUGAUGCUGUCUUUUGUGUUUUCAUUGUCGGUUGCUUGUGAUUCUGUUGUUUUGUUCAUUCCCUCAACGUCCAGUCAUUUUAUUAAAGCAUGCUGAGCACAACUGAGAUAAAGGUAAAAACCAGAGAAGUGACUGCAGGUCUUUGUAUUUGUUUUUUCUUUUCUUUUUUUUAUAAUCUGUCCUUCUUGUGUUUAGAUGCCAGUUUUGAAAGUGUAUCGACUGGUAAUUUGCGGUCACAAGCUCUUGGGAAACGGAGACUUCCUUCCCAGAGAGUCAACGUGGAUCUGAUUCGUUUCUGAAACUCCAUUCACUAAGCAAAAGAGGGACUUUGCUAAAUCCUUCCACCUCUCCUUUUUUUUCUGUUUAACAUAGACACUCGUAAGCAUAAACACACAUACGCCCACAGUGACUUUAGGAAGAACAUGCAUGCUGUCACAUUCUAUAUUUUGACACUGACGUUUUCAGAGCCAUCGUCUGCCUAGUGGUGCAGUGUCAAAACAGCCUGAAAAUAGUCUGAACUGAAAACGAUUCACAGGUUUAGUUGUCAUUUGGGUCAGACAGGAGGGGAGAGGUUUCAUUCAUAUUUGAUGCCCCUUUUUUCCAAAACAUUAAAUAAGGUCAUUAGAUUUCUCGAGAAAAAAAAAAAAAAAAAAAAAGCAAA